UUCCCGUGAUUAAUAAAAAAAAGAAGAAGCUCACAAGCCAAUAAAAGCUUCUACCUUUCACCACCACCACCACCGCCGCCGCCACCACCACCGCCGCCGCCACCACCGCCACCACCACCCCAACUUGAUCAGAAAACCUUCCAUUCAUGCAUUCUCCACACACCCACUUCUUCUUAAUAUCUUAAUAUAAAUAAAUAAAUAAAUAUCCACUCAUUGCUUCUCUGCAAUAGAUCUUUUCCCUUCUUUUGUUUCUCGAAUAAAUACAAUUAGAUUCUUGAUUUCUCAAUUUCGUUGCUUCUAGGUUUUCCAAUUUUCCCCCUUUUGAAUCAGAAUCUUGAUUUUUUUUUCUCGUCAUCCUGCAUGAUCUUGUCCUAGUACUGACAAAGUUUGUUCGCAUAAAAUUUCUUCUUCAGAUUUUGAUUCUCAGUGAGUGAACUAAGAUGGAUGCUUGCUGUGCGACACUGAAACCGGCAGCCCAUUUGGCGAAUUUGAGGAAAGGAGUGUUCUGUAAUGAAGAAAGUAGUGGUUUCUGGGGGGACAAGAUUAGAGGGAGUUUAAAUAAUUAUAUUCAAUUUGGGAAAAAAAAAUUGAAUCUUGAAAAUAAUGGAAGGAAGAUCAAACCCGGGUUUGCUUCUUCUGUUCUCAUCAGAGAAACCGACAACGAAACCACGACAGUAAAAACACCAAGAAUUGAGAGAAAAAGGGCAAAUCUGAAAAAUGUGGCUGCAAUUAUUCUGGGAGGAGGCUCCGGUGCGCAGCUAUUCCCUCUUACAAGCAGAGCUGCAACUCCAGCUGUUCCGAUUGGAGGAUGUUACAGGCUGAUCGAUGUACCAAUGAGCAAUUGCAUAAACAGUGGAAUCAACAAGAUAUUUGUUCUGACGCAGUUCAAUUCGGCUUCUCUAAAUCGGCAUAUUUGUCGCACGUAUACUGGAAAUGGUGUCAGCUUUGGUGAUGGAUAUGUUGAGGUUUUGGCUGCAACUCAAACGGCUGGAGAAACCGGCAAACGGUGGUUUCAGGGCACAGCAGAUGCUGUUAGGCAAUUUACAUGGGUUUUUGAGGAUGCAAAGGCGAAAGAUAUAGAUAAUAUAGUGAUUCUAUCGGGGGAUCAUCUUUACAGAAUGGACUAUAUGGAUUUCAUUCAGAACCAUAUCGACCGGAAUGCUGACAUCACGCUUUCAUGCGCACCGGUCGGAGACAGCCGAGCAUCGUCGUUUGGACUGGUGAAGAUUGAUAGCAGAGGCCGCAUAACUCAGUUUUCGGAGAAACCCACAGGCAACGAUAAGAAAGCAAUGCAAGUGGAUACAUCUAUCAUAGGAUUAUCUCCAGACGAGGCUUUAAAAUCGCCGUACAUUGCUUCGAUGGGAGUUUAUGCAUUUAAAACAGACGUGUUAUUGAAUCUGCUUAGGUGGCGUUACCCUACGUCGAAUGACUUCGGCUCUGAAAUUAUUCCUUCAGCUGUUAAGGAUCAUAAUGUGCAGGCGUAUAUAUUCAGAGACUACUGGGAGGAUAUUGGAAGAAUAAAAUCGUUCUUUGAUGCUAAUUUAGCUCUUGCAGACGAGUUUCCGAAAUUUGAAUUUUAUGAUCCGAAGACUCCGUUCUUCACAUCUCCCCGUUUCUUGCCACCGACUAAAAUCGACAGUAGCAAGAUAAAAAAUGCAAUAAUUUCACACGGGUGCUUCCUUCGAGAAUGCAUUGUUGACCACUCGAUAGUCGGUGAACGGUCUCGUUUAGACUCUGGUGUUGAACUCAAGGAUACUUUGAUGAUGGGGGCCGACUAUUACCAAACAGAGUCGGAAAUUGCGUCACUCCUCGCACAGGGUAAAGUUCCAAUAGGGAUUGGAAGAAACACGAAAAUCAGGAACUGCAUUAUUGACAAGAACGCGAAAAUCGGGAAAGACGUUAUUAUCAAGAACAAAGAUGGUGUUGAAGAAGCUGAUAGACCGGAGGAAGGAUUCUAUAUUCGUUCGGGGAUUAUUAUCGUACCUGAGAAGGCAACAAUUAAUGAUGGAACUGUCAUAUAAAAAUAAUUAAUUUCUUUGCUGGCAUUUCUGUGGCCUUUUGAGGUGACAAACUGGAUGAAACUUAAGCAGAUAAUCACUUGAGGCAAAAACCGAUCACCGUUGGAGACGAAGAAUAUCUGCAAGAAAGCUGGCACUGGCUUACGUUAAAUAAUCGUCGGGGGAAUAAAUAAAUUAAUAAAUAAAUAAGUGUUUGCACUUACUAAAGUGCUUUUUUUUUUUUUGUUCUUUUUUGAAAUUCAGUAGAAUAAAUUAUGUAUGAGGGACUCUGUAUAUUAAAAACAAAAACUUGUGCUGCUGUAGUAUUAAGUAGUAACAAGAGAAUAAGUGAUGUAAUAAGGCAUGUUCAUAUUGUGUUAUCUCAAUGGAAGAAUAAUGUAUUAUUGUUCAAAAGUUGGAAUUUAUUUAAAGAGAAUUA